GGAGACAACUGUCUAAAUCCAAUCGUGUCCAUUAUGUUGGCCAAUGACCGAUUAUAGUAAGCAUUUUUUUGCGUUUUGUCGAGUGUGCAAAUCCCUCGUUUCGAGUCUUCACCAAAAACCGUGCUUUAUUGUUAAGAAGUGAUCCAUGCAUCGAGUUUGGUGUCAUUCCGUACCAAUACCACCAAAAAAACCCGAGGAACUUGUUACCGCAUCUCGCUAGCAACAUUCGAAUCGCUCCAUCUCCGUCUGUCGCCCGGCGACUGUGAUACAAAGCUGUGGUGACGUGUGCGUAAUUCACUCGAAGCGCAGUCGGUGUAGUGUAUUUUUUAUUAUUAAGAUUGGCGAACAUAACCUCAAUUAGGCAGAGAGAGGACGCGUGUUUGAAUAAUUUACCAUUUGGCGACGCAAAUACGGCCAUCCGACUUAACAGCUCGAGAUGAUUUUGUACAGUUGGGGCGCGAACAGCUACGGCCAGCUGGGCUUGGGACACAAGUCCGACGAGGAGGUGUCUCCCAAAGAGGUGAACCUCGGCGACACCGACCUGGUGGCCGAUAAUAUCGUUGCCAUAGCCGGCGGCGCGGGCCACACUUUAAUUUUAGACAAAAAUGGGUUCGUCUAUUGUUGCGGGUGGAACUCCAAGGGCCAGUUGGGCACCAGCGAUGAUACUCUGAAAAUCACCCAGAUUGAAAUUCUGAAAGGCUUUCGGAUAGUUCAGAUUUCAUGCGGCUGGGAUUUCAGCGCCGCGGUGUCCGAAUGCGGCAAGCAGUUUGUCUGGGGGAACAACUCCUACACCCAGCUGGGGCUCUCUAAAAGCAUCACCUGCACGGGGAUCCCGUCGCGGCUGCAGGUGUCCCAGAAGCUGGCCACUGGCUUCAAACAGGUCAGCUGCGGGCUGCGCCACUCAGCGAUGCUCAACAAGGACGGUGGUCUUCUAGUCGCAGGCACGGGCAGCAAGGGCCAGCUGGGCCUUGGCGAUAACUUUGAUGACAACAACUACCUGAGUAUAUCCAAAGUUCCGGACUUAGAGGACAUAGUGAGCAUAGCGAGUGGCCAGCACCACACCGUGGUCCUGAAGGAGGACGGCACCGUGUACAGCUGGGGCGAGAACAAGUACGGGCAGUUGGGCAUUGACCCCAACAUCUCGAACAGUUUCGUCCCGAUGGAGAUCCUCCAUGACGCCAAUCUCGGCUCCGUGUACGCGGGCUGGACACACACGGCGGCCCUCUCCAAGUCGGGCGAGGUCUUCACCUGGGGGCGCAACAGCUACGGCCAGUUGGGGGCCCAGAGGGAGGUCACCUACAAGCCGGAGAAGAUCCCCGGACUUAAGGACGUCACACAGUUGAGCGUCGGCUCCGAACAUAAUCUAGCCGUUACCAAAGAUGGGAAAUUGUUCGUUUGGGGGUGGAAUGAGCACGGGAGCUGCGGAACCGGUGAUAAAACCGACGUCUGCAAGCCCACGCAGAUUUUCGCUAAUAGAAAAGUCAAGGCGGCUUUUGCUUGUACCGGUAGUUCUUUCGCUGUUGUCGAAUAGCAAUAAUUAAUUCUCUUUUUGAUGUGCAUAAGUAUUUUUAUAAAGAAUUAUUAUUAAUUGAAUUAUUGUAUUCCGUAUUUUUAUAAUAAAAAUGUGUUGCAUGAUUCCA